UCUUGAGGGGGCAGGGUUAUACCCCAUUGGGUGGGUUGGGGUGAGCUUAGGAAGUUCAGUUACUUGUUUGCUAGGGAGUUAAAAGUUGUGCCACUGUCACCUGAGCUGGCAUCAAGUUACCUGGGUCCAGGUUUCACUUGGAAGGAGGUAAAGCUGAGCCUGCCCCCGGGCCUCCAUCUGCCUGGGGCCUGGGUGAGUCCUGUGGAUGUCCGAGGGGACACCACUGUCUAGGAAAAGGCUGGAUACCUUAAAGUUAGCUGAUUUUGGGAGUCGGAACGAGAGUUAGUGUGUCCCUAGAGACAAAGACUGAGGGGUAAGUGUGCUCCUCACUUUGGAGUGAAAAUUAGGUCCCAGAGCCAGGGCUACGGGGAAUGGGGUAAAGGUGGAGUCAGCAGUCCCUCCAGAGAGAGGAACUAGGCUGCAGCUGGGAUCUCCAAGGGGCUGGGUCUGGGACCAAAGUAUUCUCACUGACUCUAUCCCUAGGCCCCCAACUAUGGCCCUGCCCCCAUCUCUGGACCCUGGACCCCACUCAGAGCCCCUCAAUCAUCCCCCUGGAGCCCCUAGGGAACUGGACAUUGCUGAACCCACCGUCUGCCCUUCUGAAGAGGAAAGACUCAGGCCAGAGCAAGCCCAGACACUGGGGCAGGGCUCUUUGGAUCCUUCUGAGCACUUACAGGGUGGGCUGAAGAACACUGAGUCUACAUCUGGUCACCCCAGAUUGCCAACGCCUUCUUCCCAUGAGGACUCCACUGGGGGCAAACACCGUGAGAGCCCGAUCUCUGGCUGGGAGGUAUUGGAGGCUGAGCAGGACCGCCUGCACCUUUGCCUAUUGGGCCUGGGUCUUCGGCUGCAGGACCUAGAGCGAGGCCUGGGGCCCUGGACAUUGGCCCAGAAUGGGAUGGUCCAGCUGCAGACCCUACAGGCAGACCUACGUGGGACAGCUGAGCGUGUAGAUGCACUGCUGGCGUUCAGUGAGGGGCUGGCACAGCGGAGUGAGCCUCAGGCCUGGGCAUCCCUGCAGCAGGUCCUGAGGGCCCUUGGAGCCCACCUAGACAGCAUCUUCUGGCGGUUGUGGCGGCUGCAGGCCCAGCUGGUCAGCUACAGUCUGGUAUUCAAGGAGGCCAACACACUGGACCAGGAUUUGGAGAUUGAGGCGGAUUCAGACUGUCCAGGACCUGGUGGGAUCUGGGGGCCCUGGGAACCCAGUAGCCUCCCCACUCCUGCAGAGUUAGAGUGGGACCCAGCAGGGGACAUUGGGGGCUUCGGGCCCUUGGGACAAAAGACAGCCUGGACACCAGGGGCUCCCUGUGAGCUGUGUGGCCACAGGGGCCCUCAAAGCAGGGGACAAGGCCUUGAGGUGAGAGCAGGACCUCACAACUCUGUCUCUCCACAGGACAUAUUCAUGUUGGGUCUCAGCCACCGGAAACACUUAGUAUGUCACCAAAGACGCUCCCUGCUCCAGAAGUCUCAGGACAAGAAGAGUCAAGCAUCUUCCAAUCUCCAGGAUGUGAUGCUGGAGGUAGAUUCUGGAGCUCCCACUCCUGUAUCCAAGUGGCCCUUGACCUUCUUCCUUCUUCUCUUCCUUCUCUUGGUGGGUUUCACAUUGCUCCUGCCCCAGUCAGGGAGCCCCUGCUGUUCUCCUGCCCGACUGGCCAGGACACCUUACUUGGUGCUCAACUAUGUCAAUGGUCCCCCCCCAAUCUGAGUACACAGUCCAGACAUAUGUAAUAAAUGGUCACUUGUCAAAGGAUGUGUUUUAGUCCAUUUGGGCUGCUGUAACAAAAUAACAGACUGCAUGGCUUAUAAACAAUAGAAAUUUAUUUCUCACAGUUCUGUAGGCUGAAAAGUCCAAUAUCAAGGCAUUGACAGAUUCAGUAUCUGGUGAGGACCUACUUCCUGGUUCAUAGAUGGCUGUCUUCUUGCUGUGUCCCCACAUGGCAGAAGGAGCAGGGAGCUCUUGGGUUUCAAGAGAUUAAGGGCAAUAAUCAUUUCCAUGAGGGCUGUAUCCUCAGACUUAAUCUCCUCCCAAAGGCCUCACCCCCUAACCAUCACAUAGUGGGUUAGGAUUUCAACGUACAUAUUUUAAAGGGAUACAAACAUCAGUCUAUUGCAGAAUGUGUAGAUAUUGGGUGCUUGAGUACUCAGAAUCUAGGAUACAGCCCUGAUAUAUCUGGACAGCCCUCUCCACAGAUUUCUUUGCCUUGAGCACAGAAUGCAGAACUGAAUCAGCCCAUUAGAUCCUGAGACAAAGAUGCAAGCACAGGUAGUUUUUUUAGGAGGUGAUCCUAGGCAGUUUGGUAGGGGUCUGAGGAAGUGAGCCAGGGAAGGGAGCGCUGAGCUGGUUGCUGCUUUGGGAACUGGGUGCCAUCUCACUAGUGACCUGUAGGAGACUGUGUAGAACACAUUCAAAGUUAUUCUACCCAAGAGUCAAAUUGGCAUUUAUGUAAACAGCUCCCAUCUCUCAUUGCUUCCUGAAGUUGUCAACUCCCCAGAACUUCCAGCUUCUCCUGUCUUUAAAGAACCCUCAGGCAGAGAAGCACAGGUGCUUUCCACAGGAAGCUAGAAGUAUGUACAGAAAAGGUGCAGGCGGUAUCAGCAGGCUGCACCUGCUGUAGCCUCUGACCUGCAUCUAUACGUGUGUUCGGUUCAGACAUUCUACAUUGUGGGCUCCCAGGCUGGCCAUCACUGGUGCAGGGUGUGAAACUCUUUCCAUGAGUCAUGAUGACAACCAAGUGGAGUUUCCAGGGCUC